AUGAAGAAGUUGAUGAGCUCAGAGAAAUCGAGCGAAGCGGUGACAAUGAGAACCUUGUUACAAAAAUCGAGACCUACAAAGUGCGUCUCUCUAGAGAUGCUCAAGAAAAAGAUGGAUACUGGAAGUGAGUCUGAAUGCAACAGACUUCUGAGAAGUGUCCCCACCACACGCCAUGUUUUCCACAAGCACUUCGAAAAGUUCACCAAUUGGAUGACUGAUGAUCAGCGAAGAACGAUGAGCGACAUGAGGGAUUCUGGUAAAUCGUUCGAAGAACUUCGUCAGAAGACAUACGAGUAUUUCGAUACGCUUCCUGAAGAACGACAACAGUCAGUCAGAGAAAGCUACAAAGGACAGUGCCAGCCAUGCGCGGAAAUGCUUGCUAAAAAAACGAGGACGAAGAGGGAUAUCGAUGAGAAGAUCAAUAAACGACUCUCAUGGAUGACGGCGGAUCAGAAAACGAAAGUGAAGCAAAUGUAUGCCGAUGGUAAGCCACAAGCGGAAAUUCGUGCUAAGAUAUUCGAAUACUUGAGCGAACUAGAAGGUCCUGCA